GGGAUGGGAAGUCAUGUUAUUAUUUUCUCAUUUCAAAUUGUCGGGGAUUAAACACGUUUCUUUGAAUCUUUUAGAGUUUACUAGAUGUUGUAAAACAACUGCCGUAUUAGCAGAGUCUUGUAAAAUGGUCCAGGUGCUUAAUGUAGCAGAGAAAAACGAUGCUGCCAAAAAUAUUGCUGAACUCCUUUCUCGCGGUCGUGCAAAUCGUAGAGAAGGCAGAAGCAAAUUCAACAAAAUCUAUGAGUUUGAACAUAAUCUUUUCAACCAAAAUGUCAAAAUGUCAGUUACUUCAGUAUCUGGUCAUCUUCUAUCUUCUGACUUUGUUGGAAAUUAUAAAAAGUGGCAGGGAGUUAAUCCUGUUACUUUGUUUGAAGCUCCAAUUCAUAAAUUUGUUGCCGAUGACUAUCAAAACAUCAAAAGAACUUUGGAGGAAGAAACCAAAAAGAGCAAAUACCUGAUCAUUUGGACCGAUUGUGAUAGAGAAGGUGAAAAUAUUGGCUAUGAAGUAAUCACAGUAUGUCAGGCAAUCAAGCCUAGCAUUCAAGUGUUCAGAGCAAAGUUCUCUGAAAUAACAUACCAAUCAAUUGCUCGAGCACUUCAAAAUUUGGGCCCCCCUAACAAAAAUGUCAGUGAUGCAGUGGAUGUUAGAAUUGAGUUGGAUCUUAGAAUUGGUGCUGCAUUUACAAGAUUUCAAACUCUACGACUUCAAAAAGUCUUCCCAGAAUCACUUGGCCAAUCUAUGAUCAGUUAUGGUUCGUGUCAGUUCCCAACUCUAGGCUUUAUUGUCGAGCGAUAUAAAGCCAUACAGGAUUUUGUGAGAGAGAAUUUUUGGAAACUCAAAGUUGUCUGGGAGCUGAACAAGGAAGAGCGCGUGGAAUUCCUUUGGAAAAGACACCAUUUGUUUGAUCAAACUGUGGUUCAAAUAAUCCUUGAAAAAUGCCAGGAGAACCCUGAAGCUGAAAUAAUCAAAGUUCAAACAAAGAAUAAAAGCAAAUGGAGACCUUUGCCUUUAGACACUGUUGAACUUGAAAAGCUAGCAUCCAGGAAACUGCGAAUCAAUGCCAAGGAAACAAUGAAGAUUGCCGAGAAAUUGUACACUCAAGGAUUCAUCAGUUAUCCACGUACCGAAACAAAUAUCUUUCCCAAAGAGUUGGACCUGACUCCUUUGGUCCAGUGCCAGACGGUUGAUCCUGCUUGGGGAGGAUUCGCUCAACGCGUUUUGGACGAAGGGCUGAACCCUCGCCAGGGGAAGAAAAGUGAUCAGGCCCAUCCUCCCAUUCAUCCAAUAAAAUAUGCAGGAAAUUUAAAUAAUGAGAAUGAACGCAAACUUUACGAGUUUAUCGUUCGCCAUUUUUUAGCUUGCGUCAGUAAGGAUGCCCAGGGUUACGAAACUGUGGCCGAAAUUGAAAUUCAAGAAGAAGGCUUCGUCGCCAGUGGAUUGCAAAUAGUAGCAAGAAACUAUUUGGAAGUAUAUCCGUACGAGCGCUGGAGUGAUCGUAGUCUUCCUCAACUCAAUGAAGGCCAGCGCUUUAUCCCGACAUCGAUAACCAUGGAUGAGGGAGAAACUAGUCCACCUCAACUGUUAAGUGAAGCUGAUUUGAUUUCAUUGAUGGAAAAACAUGGAAUUGGUACUGACGCCACACAUGCUGACCAUAUUGAGACGAUCAAAACGCGGCAGUACGCUGGCGUACAAGGCGACGGACGCUUCUUACCGUGUUCAUUGGGUAUGGGACUCGUACAGGGUUAUGACGCCAUGGGGAUCGCACUUUCAAAGCCAAAUCUUAGAGCUGAACUCGAGGCUGAUCUUAAAAGAGUUUGCGAUGGAGAAAGGAAUCCGAAUGAUGUCUUGAGAGAGCAGAUUGAAAGAUACAGAAGGGUGUUUGUACAAGCAAUGGAACAGGUCAUCAAAAUCGACGAGGCUCUUUCGACGUUCUUUAAUGAGGAACGACAGGAAGCACCACCCAUGAUUCCUGAGGGAGGACCAGAUGCAAAUUUGCCUUACCGAAAGUGCCCUGCUUGUAACUUGGACAUGACUCUGCGACGGAGAAAGGACAACGGUUUCUUUUUCUCUUGUAUGGGCUUUCCUGAAUGUAAAACCGCCGUGUGGCUGCCAGCUGCUGUACAGCAAGUGGAAGUUGAUGCGGAAAAGUGUAACGCGUGUCCUUCUCAUCCACCCCUAUUGCGGUUCCAAUUCACCCCGGGAGUUUACGCUCCAUUUUACCCGGAUACUCAUCGCGGUUGUAUCGGUGGAUGCGACCCAAACUUUAUGGAACUUCUAGGAAUCCGUCCGUUGGCAACACAACCCCGAAACCAAAACAACACUCAGCCGAGUAACACUAGAGUUGCCAAUGAUUCUGGGAAUUCUUCUGGUUACGCUUCCGGAUCUCAGUAUUCUGCAAAUAGCUCCCGUUCCUCUGCUUCGACUCUUCCUAGACCUCAAGUCCAGCCUCGUCCAAUGGCUCCCGCUCGAAGUGCUCGACCGCCAAUUCCUGCAGCGUUCUCUGGAGCCACCCAACCGAAUAUCCCUUCACAGCCGUACUUCCGUCAACCUGUGCCUCAUCCGCCAUCAAGAUCUGAUAACAACAACGGGGACUCUGCGAUUGUAUGCAAGUGCAGGGACGCACCUGAUGCUUUGCUCCUAACGGUUAGGAAGGAAGGUCCCAACACGGGUCGGCAGUUUUACAAAUGUGCAAAACAACAGGAUGGCUGUGAUUUUUUCCUUUGGGCCGAUGCUGCCAAUGUACCGGCACCAGCUGCUCAAAAUGGUCGUGGUGGGGCAGGAGAAGCAGUUUUCCGGCAGCCGACUGCCCGGAAUGAGCGACGUGAUAACGAAGAUUCGGAGACUUACUGUGACUGUGACGGAGGGGGUCGUGAAUUGGCCACGACAAGAACAACUCAAAAACCAGGACCAAAUUGUGGGCGUCAAUUUUAUUGUUGCGCCAAACCGCGUGAGGCACAGUGCAAUUUCUUCAAGUGGAUGGAUGACACCGGCGCUAGCGGAAGCGGAUUUGCUCAAGACUCCCGGGGAGGAUCGAAUCAAGACACGGGUUCUAGAGGAAGAGGGCGAGGAAGAGGGCGCGGUCGUGGGAAGUCUAGUGAUCCGUCAUCCACUACCGAAAGAAGAGCGAGGAAAUGCGGAAACUGCGGUCAAGAAGGUCACACUAGAAAUCAUUGUCCAGAUUUUGCCUAAUGUCUUUCGCUGGCGUACUCUCGUUCAGUUCAGUCAAAUAAAGACAUGUGUUGUUACUUUGGAA